GGGCAUUACAUAAGCAACAAAAUAUUUGUGCAACAUAACUGUUAUAUGUACUUGAGCAGGAAAUAGUCUGCAAGAAUUCAGUCUCCUGUCCUGCAGAGAGAAUAGAAUCAUGAGCACAGCAGGAAAAGUGAUAAAAUGCAAAGCGGCUGUGCUAUGGGAGCUAAAGAAACCCUUUUCCAUUGAGGAGGUGGAGGUAGCACCCCCAAAGGCUCAUGAAGUUCGUAUAAAGAUGGUGGCCACAGGACUGUGUCGAUCAGACGACCACGUGGUUAGUGGAAACUUUGUCACUCCUCUUCCUGUGAUCUUAGGCCAUGAGGCAGCUGGCAUUGUGGAGAGCAUUGGAGAAGGGGUGACUACAGUAAAACCAGGUGAUAAAGUCAUCCCACUCUUUGUUCCCCAGUGUGGGAAAUGCAGUGUUUGUAAACACCCAGAAGGCAACUUCUGCUUGAAAAAUGAUUUAAUCAUGCCUCGUGGGACUAUGCAGGAUGGUACCAGCAGGUUCACCUGCCGAGGAAAGACCAUCAACCACUACAUUGGCACCAGCACCUUCUCCCAGUACACAGUGGUGGACGAGAUCUCAGUGGCCAAGAUUGAUGCAGCCUCCCCACUAGAGAAAGUCUGUCUCAUUGGCUGUGGAUUCACUACUGGUUAUGGAUCUGCAGUCAAAGUUGCCAAGGUCACCCCAGGCUCCACCUGUGCGGUGUUUGGCCUCGGAGGAGUCGGCCUGUCUGUGAUCAUGGGCUGCAAAGUGGCUGGAGCGGCCAGGAUCAUUGGGGUGGACAUCAACAAAGGCAAAUUUGAGAAGGCAAAGGAAGUGGGUGCCACUGAGUGCAUCAGCCCGCAGGACUUCAAGAAACCCAUCCAUGAGGUGCUGAAGGAAAUGACCAGUGGAGGUGUGGAUUUUUCAUUUGAAGUUGUUGGUCUACUUGACACCAUGGUGGCUGCCUUGUUAUGCUGUCAAGAUGCAUAUGGUGUCAGUGUCAUCGUAGGAUUACCUCCUGGUUCCCAAAAUCUCUCCAUGAACCCCAUGUUACUACUGAGUGGGCGUACCUGGAAAGGAGCGGUUUUUGGUGGUUUUAAGAGUAAAGAUUCUGUCCCCAAACUUGUGGCUGAUUUUAUGGCUAAGAAAUUUUCAUUGGACCCAUUAAUAACCCAGUUUUUACCUUUUGAAAAAAUAAAUGAAGGAUAUGAAAUGCUUCGCUCUGGAAAGAGUAUCCGCACCAUCCUGACAUUUUGAGACCAAGUGAAUGCUUCACUUGCAGCAGUCUUCUGGCUCCUUCACCAUCUGGCACAUCAGCCAAACAUCCUCAAUAAUGCUGUUCUUUAGAGAUGCUAUCAGUAAAUUACACAUGGGAGCUCUUCCAAAGAAACAAAAACUGAUGUGAAAUCAUUUUUGAGGCAAAUGUUUAAAAUCUAAGUGGAAGCUAGGUGAACCAUCAGCUGUGUAACCGAGUCCAAUAAACGUUCCUUUUUAAUCAC